AUGCAUUAAAAUCUCCUUUCAUUGUCAGACGAACUUCAGGGCGUCGGCUAUACGUAACACACUUUAACUGAUCUAUACGUAGGCCUGCUAUUCAAUUCACAAAUGAUGAAGAAAAGAAAUUGAAAAAAAUAUUGAUGCUACAAUAGAUGCGAUGUCUUUGUUGUUCCUUUCAAACAUACACCUAGAAUAUUUUCUGUCCAUGGUUUAAUAUUGAGUUUAUAAAUAUUUUAAAAACUAAAAAGAAAUUAUUUUGAUCUUCAUGCACCGAAUGUGUACAUGCUACCCUGUCUACUACAACAGAAUACGCACGUACAACUUUUCCUAUGCAUAAGUCGGUUUUGUGCCUCGAUCAGUAAUUCCAACCAAUGGCACUGGACACCGUUUAGAAUGUAGUCCUAUAUCGUCAGAGGCCUAUCAGCUAGUAAGACCUUUGUAACAAGCCAUUUUGGUAUUAUCUGCCUGGACAGAUUUUACUGUGCGUUUUUAUGGUUAUGUAUGUCUUAUGGAUAUAUUUAUACACGCUUAGACUCAUAUGAUUUAUACACAGUUAUGUAAGAGACAGUGAGGAAGGACGGUUAUAGCCUCUGCUCUUAUUAGUUUGCAGAACGCAUAAACAGCUUUCUGUGUAUUUUUAUGUUUGGUUUUCUUCCAAGGUGGGAAGGGGAGAAGAAGCUGUGUGUUCAGCGAAGCGUGACAACUGUGAAGGUAGCCUAAAGUUCAGAAAGAAGGACGGUGCGGGGCCCUAUGCCUCAAACCCAAAUCCUCUAUUUAUCCUACGAAGUUCAAGUGUAAAUACACGGUGAGGUAAGGUCCGGGGUCAACUCGACAGAUGAGAAAACGGGAGUUAAGUAGUGAUUGGUUGACCGUGAGAAAACACCACGUCUGACUAUACGAAAUGAGAUGAAGCACACAGAUGAAGCCCCUGACGGUACACUACACCCCAGAAGCUAAAAUGAACUACAGGUACAAGGUUUGAGCAAGUGCAUGGAAAAAAAACUUUGAGAUUUCUGUGAUUGGAUAGCUGAAACGCAAAUCCUCUACAAGACAGACCAGAAAAGCUAGCCUCACAUCUUGACAACGGAUGCGUUGUGUGGUUUAACUGAUUUUUUUUGCUAACAGUGCUCAGGAAGCCGUGGUAUAAAUUGGCAGAAAUAUGGAGAUGAAUUGCACAAAUACGAUCCCGUAUGCAAAGGAACUCGUCGGAAAUCUAGAUGACGUGGGUAAGGGCCUAGUGAUAUCCACCGGUGUCUCCAUGUUACUUACCCUCGGGAUAUCCCUCAUCAGCCUCCGGUUGGUCAUCCGUAACGUGCCGCCCGGGGACGAGAGAUGGAUUAGCUCUUGGCUCGUCGGAAUCUGUCCGAUUGUAGGUGUGACGUCAUUUGUGGGCAUCAUAUCUCCGCGGUCUAUCCAUAUUGACGAGCUCGUGUCCGCCAUUUAUGUAUCGCUGAGCGUAGCGGUUUUCUUCCGGCUGAUGAUCCUGUACCAUGGUGGAGAAGAGACGAUGUGUCGUACUCUGAAGGGAGUUAAACUGCCCAUGUCUAAACCACCUUUCUGUUGCUGCAUUUGUCUUAGAAACGUCUAUGUGAACAGACGCACCCUCCGGCGUAUUAAGCUGAUUGUGUAUCAGGUCCUCGUUGUCAGACCCGUGCUGCUGUAUGCCGAUGCUGUUAUCAAGUCGGAGGAGAAGUUUACAGAGGCUUCGCUGGCCAGAAACCCCGUCCAGGUUAUUGUCAGUGUGUUCACCAUCCUUUCCACAAUGCUCAGUCUACUUGGGCUGAUCACCACAUUCCGCCUUUCCCUGAAGCCGCUCAAAGCACACGGGGUAGUGCCCAAGUUCCUGUAUGUGAAGCUCAUCCUGCUGUUCUGUGACCCUCAGAAGAUGAUACUGGGUCUAGUGGUGACUGCCGGCCUGCUCCCUUGUUCGCCCCUGUUUCACCAUCCACUGAGAGGAGAAACCCUCAAAUUUGUGCUGCUCUGCUUUGAGAUGCUGUUGGUGUCACUGCUAGGAAUGAAGGUAUUCGGCAGAGAAACGCCGGGGAGUGAGAGUGUGGAACUCAAAGGAAAGGGACCGAUUAAUCAUGGCACCGAUAAUGGAGCUUUGGCUGUGUACUCAGAGAAGCCAGCAUUGUAAUGGACGCAAUUAUCCAUACUUCUUACAGUGCAUGUGCCGCUCCCUACGCUCGCUUUAGUAUAAGGUGGUAGAAGCAGUGGUUGAAACAGAGUGCCUGUGUUCAGUUCCUGCCUUAUCACCGUGAUCCCAGUCACCUCGGCGUUACUUAAGAUUUCUGUGCAAAAUUUACUUGUGGCGACAGUGAGGUACAGUGAACGUACAAAGCGGCGCAUGGGCUGAAGGAAGCCAAUUGUCACUUCCUGGUUCCUGCAAAUCAAUGUAAUUCCAGCCAUUUUUAGCACUUUUUUGAGUAUUUGUUAUAGUCUGUUUUUGUUUGUUUGUUUGUUUGUUAGUUUUUUUCUUUUUUGCAUUUUCACUCUUGGGUGGCAUUCAGUGGAGCAAGUUUUGUAGUUUACUGCCAAGUGUAGUUUGCUGGCCAUUGAAACACUGGAACAUUGAAACAUGAUGCAAAGUCUGCAUAGCUGUUGUCAAGCUGGCAUCUCAAAACUCUUCUUGUGUUUGAAAAUGAGUGCCUUGACAUUUUGAGAAUAGUAAAAUGUGACCAUAUGGCAUAUUACAGACUUGGAUUGGACAAGCCGGUGAACCUGUGAGAUAAGAUAUUAUACAUUGUCUACUUUACAAUACUCCGCCAAACGAAAAGAAACAUGUCCCCGACGGCAUUAUACAACUCUCUGUAGAUACGUUUUCUGAUAGUUGUACGCUGUACUUUCACCACUAGACAUGAAUUCUGAACUUGUGCAGUUUGCAUACUAGACAUGUAUAUACAGACACUAGAACUGAUUUCAAUGCGCACAUGUCUGUUUCAGCAUAUAUUGUGCUCUCGUUUCUCCGUUGAAAGCUUGGAUUGCUUAUCGUGUUCAACGCGAUAUGGAAUAAUAGUUUUGAACAAUAUAUUGUGUAUCAAUAAAUGAAUACAUAACAAUGAUGAAAAUGUUACCUACUCAAAUAAUGGUUGGCGUUUUUGAUCAGCAUGUACAUGCAUUUCAUGCAAAUAUUUACCUGGGAAACAAUAAGGAAUAUAUAAA